GCGUGGCGUAGUGGUGGUGUGGAGAGGGCUUCCGAGAGCGCAGUAACAGACAAUGGCGGCUGGCGUGGCAGGGAGAGUGGAGCAGGCAGGCAGACGUGGUGGAGUGAUGGGCCUGAACACAGGGAAACAGCAAGAGCCGGAGUAUAUAUACUGCAGAGCGUUGAGGAGCGUGGGAAUCAGGUGUGCAGCAGGCAGCGCGGGAGACCAGAGCGAAAGAGGUUGUGUGGAUUUAUUUGGGAGCGGCCCUUCCCUGUCCCUCUCCUCUGUAUCUGCAUCAAGACACCAGCAUGAAGCAAGAACAUCACUGGAAGUCAGACCAUUUACCUCCAAAAUAAAAGCUUGACCUGUCUAUGGUUUGGGAUGUGAUGGGAAGCAAUCAUACACUUCAGUUGUAAGUGGAAUUCUGACAUCAAGUGUAAGUAAGUAUAAGUACAGUAAAUAAAAUGUAUCCAAAAAUGCGGAGUUACGGGUAGACCCUAUGUGUCCAAAUGCGGUCUUAUAGUCAUCAAAAUAUAGAAAACAACAAAAACAAAUGAACAGAAAUGUAUUUCGAAAUCAUUAAAAAGCUCACGAGGGAAGCAUUCAGGGCCAUGUUUUUACAGUGACCCACCCUACAGUAUUAUUAUGCCGUCAGCUGUCAACUUUGUCCCCUGGGUCAUCAAAAAUAAUUUUAUCUUGAGAGCUGAGACCGGAGGUCGCUGUUCUUUAUGAGUUUGUCAAACUUGACAUUAGUGACAUCUUCACAGAGCACCAAUGGGUGUCUGGUCGCUUCUGUCAUUGCGUUGGUCGGUUCCUGGAAAAUAUUGCUUCAUACUCCCUUUGACCCUCCUCCUGCCGCUGGAACAGCGGCAGCAAAUCAGCCAGAACAUAGAUAGACAGUACAGGAAAUAACCAGCCUUCCUUCAAAUUAAAGGAAGAAAAUGUACCACUAUUGGGCGGAACGGACAAGUACCGGGGGGAUUAGAACAAAAUGAUUAACUUAAAACACUUAAUUGAAAGAUACAGUUCAGUAAAUGUAUGUUGUAUGUUGUAAUGUAAAUUAUUUUUUUCGUCAAUGGAUGCUUUAUUUUGAAAUGUGCAACUGGAUGUGACAUUUUUAUAAUAGCUAACUUUAGACUGUUGUCGCUGUACAAAACAUACUAUAGGCUACAGACCUCCCAGCUUCGCGUUUAUCCAACUCCUUCGACAGCAACUGGGGAACAGCUUUUAUCAGACGACUAUAAAAUAUGGAGGAUUUUUAGUGAAAUAACAGGAUUAAACACGCUUACUUUUCCUGCCACUCUUUUCCUCUGGACAAAGACACUCCUUGAUUUUUGUGCGCUGGAUGUGUACCGAGUUCAGCAGGGAUCCCAGCAGACAUUCCCUGGUGGUUUGUGUAUAGGAAAUGGCAACUGCUCUCAGUGGCCGAAACCCUGGCGGACGUGGACCAAACCGAAAUAAAGGUCGGAUUUUAGGCAUCAUUGAUGCCAUCCAGGAUGCAGUGGGGCCACCGAAACAAGCGGCUGCCGACCGGCGGACAGUGGAGAAAACCUGGAAACUCAUGGAUAAAGUUGUCCGCCUCUGCCAAAAUCCCAGACUCCAGCUGAAAAACAGUCCACCGUACAUCCUGGAUAUCUUACCUGAUGCCUACCAGCACCUGCGGCUUAUACUGGGCAAAUAUGAAGAGAACCAGAGACUCACACAGCUCAGUGAGAAUGAGUACUUUAAAAUCUACAUCGAUAGCCUUAUGAAGAAAUCCAAACGGGCCAUCCGGCUCUUCAAAGAGGGAAAGGAGAGGAUGUAUGAGGAGCAGUCACAGGACAGGAGGAACCUGACCAAGCUGUCUCUGAUCUUCAGCCACAUGCUGGCAGAAAUCAAAGCCAUUUUCCCCGGAGGACAGUUCCAGGGGGACACUUUCAGGAUCACCAAAGCUGAUGCUGCUGACUUUUGGAGAAAAUUUUUUGGAGAAAAGACGAUAGUGCCAUGGAAAGUCUUCCGACAGUGCCUUCACGAAGUGCAUCCUAUCAGCUCGGGCCUGGAGGCCAUGGCUCUCAAAUCCACCAUCGACCUCACCUGCAACGACUACAUUUCUGUGUUUGAGUUCGACAUUUUCACACGCCUCUUCCAGCCAUGGGGAUCAAUUCUGAGGAACUGGAAUUUCCUGGCAGUGACACACCCUGGCUACAUGGCCUUCCUUACCUAUGAUGAAGUCAAGGCCCGACUGCACAAGUACAUCAACAAGCCUGGCAGUUACAUCUUCAGACUGAGUUGUACACGGCUGGGCCAGUGGGCCAUCGGCUAUGUGACCAAUGAUGGCAAUAUACUGCAGACCAUCCCCAACAACAAACCACUGUUCCAGGCCCUCAUCGAUGGCUACAGGGAGGGCUUCUACUUGUUCCCUGAUGGUCGCAGUUACAAUCCUGACCUCACUGGUUUAUGUGAGCCAACGCCUCAUGAUCACAUCAAAGUGACACAAGAGCAGUAUGAGCUGUACUGUGAAAUGGGCUCCACCUUCCAGCUUUGUAAGAUCUGUGCUGAGAACGACAAAGACGUCAAGAUCGAACCCUGCGGCCAUCUUAUGUGCACUUCCUGUCUUACAGCCUGGCAGGAAUCGGAUGGUCAGGGUUGUCCAUUCUGUCGUUGUGAGAUCAAAGGCACAGAGCCCAUAAUUGUGGAUCCCUUUGACCCACGAAAUGAGGGCACCAAGUGCUUCUUCCUGGACCAGCACAGCUGCCCCAUGAUGGAGCUGGAUGACGAGGAAGACCGAGAGGACUGCCUGAUCAUGAAUGGACUAGCCAACAUCAGGAAGCACUGUGCCGAGCGCCAGAACUCGCCCAUGGUGUCUCCCAGCUCUUCACCUGUCAGCCAACACAGAAAAGCCCACGGAGGAGACCCCAGCCACUGCAUCCAGCACCUCGGCCUUCCCCCCGUACCGCCACGACUUGACCUCAUCCAGAAGGGCGCCAUCCGCUCCCCAUCUGCGAGUCCCACCAGUUCCCCGAAGUCUUCCCCCGGCAUGUCCAGGAAGCAGGACAAGCCUCUCCCAGCCCCACCUCCUCCCCAAAGGGACCCACCUCCACCGCCUCCCCCUGUGCGUCCUCCUCCAAUCCCCCCAGAGUCACGCCACUCUUGGCUCUCCAGUUCCACUUCCUUGUCCUCUGCAAUCUCAUCUUCUACCGGCAUGCUGUCAGACUCCCAGAUGCCCCCUGAGACACGGUGUCCCAAAAACAGCCACUAUGCAGAUUCCCAGAGGACUGGAUCCGAACCCCCACUUCAGCUGGGACCCUCCAGCCCCUCUCACCUGAAUGGAAGACCACUCAGUUGUCCAUCGGUGGGAUUUGGGAGGUUACAUCACAGAAUGGAGGGCGCAGGAAACUCAGAGAGCUUCAAGCCCUUCUCUAAUGGUGUGCAAGUCUGCGAUGAGUAUGACAUCCUUCCCUCACAGCACUCGCCAACGCAGUCCACACUUGCAAGUAGCCACAAAUCUUCCAACCCUUUCAGUAGUCCUGUGGUAGAACGACAGCGGGGAGUGAUGGAGAGGGUGGAGGACAGCUAUCAGAUCCCUUCAUCCAACCUCUGCCUGAGUCAGGCUCCCAUCUGCAUCUCUGUACCCAGCAGACACUUGGAGAACGGCUCUACAGAGCCCUCCAUGGAGGAGAAGAAGCCCCACCCCCCUGAGCCUGGUGGACAUUCAGAGUCGGUCAGGGGGUUGGUCUCGGGGGCGGCACAUACCGCUCUCUGCCCCUUCAACACCAACAAGACACCCUCCAACUAUGACAUUCUGCUGUCCCCCCAAGUAUUAGAUGACCCCUUCAACAGCCGCCCUCCGACCCAGCCUCCUCCUCCUCCACCGGCGCGACACAGCUUCACUGACCUGUCCUCCUCUUCACCGCCCUCCUCCUCUGUCAUCACACGACCACACAUGCCCUCCUCUGGACAGGAGCACUUGCUGUUAACCCCUGACACAGUGUUUGACAUGCUGAACAGUGCUGCUCCUCUGCCUCCAGUCAGACGACACACAGAAAAUGUUAAAGCCUCAAGAGGCUGCCUGGAGUACGACCAUUUACCAGCCAGUCAAGUCUCAAUGGACUGUUUGCAGGCCCCUGCCAGGCCGCCCAAACCACUGCCCAGGAAGAUCCCUCCAGACAUGGAGUCCGAGAAUGUGGAUGCCAAGAUCGCCAAGUUGAUGGGGGAGGGUUACUCCUUCGAGGACGUGAAGCGGGCUCUGAUGAUCGCCCAGUACAAAGUGGAAGUGGCCCGAAAUAUUCUGCGAGAGUUUGCCUUAGUGGCCCCGAGACUGAACCUCUAGUCCUAGAGACAGUGAAAGGGGAGCACAAGAAUGAAGCUGUACCUCUGAAUGGACUGACUAAAAAGGGCUUCUUCAGUCUGCUUGGCCUUGGACUGCUGGCAAAACAAUGAUCAACAGAAACAAAGAAAUAUUUCAAGGAAGACUUUGCCAUUUGUUGCUGAACAGAGAUGACGACACACAACAAAGUGGCUAAAACCAAAUCACGGCAGAACACAGAAAAUCACAAAAGGGAGAAUAGACUGUCUGUGAAUGAUUUAAACCUGUGAAGAAAAGAAACAGGCUUGUUGUUGUUUACAGUGAGCUUUGCCGGUGCUGGCCUCUGGUUUUCAAAUGCUCCUGUUUGUUUAGGGGCUUGGACUGUAUUCUUGUUUUAAAGCCCUGAUAAGUCCUGCUACUUCGGCUACUGUUUCUUUCACAUCCUGCCACCCUCCAGAUCUUUUUAAAAGAACAAGACAUUUCCAGCUCGUUUUAGUUUACAUGCUCAGUUAAUUGUUAAGGGUCAUUUUUAUUUACAGCCAGUGGGGGGAGCCAGACUCCACAAUUUCUUUUCUCCUUUUCUCACUCUCUCUCCUCUUCCUUCCCUUGCGUGUUGCUCAUUAGGGAAUACGCCAUUGUUUAUCCAAAGUCUGGCUGACUUGCAGGUCUUAACAACAUCUGGUGAGUCGGGAGCAGUUAGAUGGAGCCAGAGGAUGCCUUAUGGAUUCAAUUCACUUGUUUCCCCCAGACUUGGAGAAAACUGUACGACAGCUCCACAGGACCUCUCUUGUUAGACUUGGUAUCUUAUUUGGACAAAAUGGUGAAGCAGUAAGGAUGGGAGGGUUAGUUUCGCUCUUUGUUUCUGUUCCUACACCACAGGAUUAAUCAGCUGGGGCCUUUUUUUAAUUACCUUCUGCACUUGAGGACAGAAAGCUGAAUGUAUUUUGUUCUGCAUGAGUGAGCUCUACCUUUGUACACUCUGAUAUCCUCUCAGGCCCAGUUUUGCCCUUAAGCAAUUAAGUGGUGGAAAAUGUUUAAUGUUUCUGGACAUUUUUGAAUUUCUCCUCAUCAAAAGCCAGACGAUUGUGCCUGCAUUUUAGCUCAAGCAUGUAAAUGACAGGGGCGAACCUGAUGUGUAGGUCAGCGAGUCAGAUGUCGUCUGUUCAGAGACGACACGCUCUGCAGCCGUCACACUGCAGGCUGUCUCCACUUCAAUUACACAUCAUAUGGUCAAAAUGUCCACAUUCCCCAUAAGUUUGAGGAAUCACUCUCAGUCUGAUUUGGAGUGAGAGUCACUUGAAAGCUCUGCAGCAGUUAUGCAUUUUUACUGAUGUGGAGUUGUUGUGUGAACACAGUAUAGACAAAAAGAAUGCUGCAGUCAUAUGCACCUUCACUGUGUAGUACAGGUGAAGUUAAAACCCCCAUACCUCAGAAUCUGGAAUCAGCUGUAUUUCUCCCUGAUGACUGCAAGAUGUCUCACCUAUGCAUAUAUUGGAUUUGUUCAAAUAUAACACAGUUUUACUUUUAAGAAUAGUAUGCAAGAUGUUGGCAGAUCUGUGCCAGACCUGUUAGGGGUGUAGUUUUCCGUAAGACAGGGGCUAUGUUUUCAUCGAUGGUAAAACCUGGCUAUUAUUCUCAUACCAAUCAAAGGAUUCUAGUUUAUAAUUUGGGACUUAAUUUUAUUGUUUUGGCCAUCGUUACCAUUUGUUAUGAUAACAUUGUACUCACCAAGGUCAUUUUUGAGAUCUGGAAGUGGGAACAGAGUGACAUCACUACAACAAAGUCUGACAGGGUCAAGCAACACGAGCAGUCAGACAUUCAGACAAACCAACAGAGUAUCCCAAUUAUCCAAACCACUUUAUAGAAAAGUUAGGGGAAACUUUUUUAGUUUUCUCUUCUUUGUCUAACCUGAGGGUUUGUUUAAAAACUCUUGCCCCCUCUGACUUCUCUUUACCGAUGUUGUUGGGUUUCCAGAUAUCUUCAAUAUCUGGAAACCCAACAACAAUUAUCAAUUUGGAGAAUACAAUGUUAUUCUUACUGAUAAAAAUGAUGGCCAAAACUUUGUAAUAAGACCCAAGUUGUAAAAAACACUAAACAAACAAUAAAUUAUCCUUUAAAGUCUGGCAAUAAAAUUGCUAACUGUAGAAUUUGAAAUUUGAUGACUUUGAUGACCUCUUGAGUUUCUUAGUAGUAUUUGCUUCCAUAACAGUCAGUUGCUACUCGCUACUUCUAACUGGUCACAGCUAGAUUAUGUAAGCAAAGCAAUUUUUGUGUAUCUGAAUUUAUUGUCCGGGAAGCAUUGGGCUAACAGAGACAGACACCUUACUUACAGGAGUUGAUCAGUAGAGUGGAUCUUUUCUUCCUGACAGUACAAUGUGAUGUGUCAAUAUGAUGUGGUUCUAAGUCUGUGAUCCUAACUACUGUAGUAACUUUUAUAUGUUAACAGUUGAUGCAGCAAAUUGAGCUAGGCACCUUGAGACUGUGCAGCAUCUGGGUCUGUGUGUGUUUUUAGUUUUUGAAUAAACAAGCAGUAAGUCAGAGAGAUCGCUCUGUCUGUUUGGACUGAGGUUCCUCACAGAGAGCAACGCAUAGCAUUGACCCAUUUUCACGCUCUCAUUUUUCCUGCAGCCAGUAUUUGGUUUUCAAAAUUAAUUUGAGAUGAUGUACUGUAGUUUUCUUCACAGAGGAGCUUUAAACUGUUGAUUGAUGUAGGUCCCCUGUGAUUGAGUCUGGCUGCAAAAAUGGAAAUGAAAAGGUUCAGUUGGAACAUCCUGAUAAUACAGCAGCAGGAAAUGAUGAUCCCAGUCCUAAUAACACACUGACUUGUGAAACCAAACGUGAAAGAAAGCACUUUCUUUACUUGAGUGGUGUUUUUGUGUGUUGGAAUAAGUCAGGCAUCUUAGCAGGUUUUGAUCUUAUGAGGUUAUCUUAACCCUGAUUUGACAUUUAUAUACAUCCAAGCAAAACCAGGUCAACAUAGCGACCAGGUUAACAAAAGGUUGAUGUGUGCAUGUAAACAUAGUGAGUAUGGCUCUCCAUGCUGCACGGUCAACCAUGGGAAUAAAAUGAUGCUAUGUGAUGGAGACAAAAUACCCGUCAGUGAAUGUGCUCUACAGUCUACAAUCUGGGAGGACAAAACAUGCAUUGUUUUAUUUCAUUCAUUAUUUUAGUCAUCUGGUCAGUGUAACCGAUAACAGCCAUCAAAUGAACCCCCACCCCACGCACAUCUUUCCAUAAAGAAACCCCACUGCCAUCUAUUCCUUCCUUUUUGAGCAGCACUUUAAAGGGGAACACCACUGUAGUUUAAAAAGAACAUAUGUUAAUAUUAGGGCCUAAAACAGUCCAUAGAGAUAAUGAGCGACACUGUGCAAGGAGAAAGUCUGAGAACCAGUCUCUAAUCUCUGUUAUCAUCCACAGACAGAUUCACACAACAUGAUCUCGUGCAGCACAACCAUCAAAGUAUGUCAGCUAAACAAAAACACAUAUAUAAACAUAUAAUUAAGCACUUAGAUAAGUUAGACUUAAGUCAUCAGCAAAGCAGCUUUAUCUGCUCGCCUGACAGUGGGAGACAGAAAUGUUUUCAGUUUAUUUACAUUUCAACAUUCAAAUCAUGUUUAUAUUGUGACAGUGCCAUUUGUACUGAACCAGAAAAUGUUAUCUGACCCUCAGAAAGAAACCUGUGAUACUGCUCUCCUUUUCCAACUCACAGAUUAGAGCAUAGUUAAUGUUGCAGAUUAGACGAUGAGUUACUUGUCUAGUUUAUUUCCAGUAGACCGAGCCACCCCACAUAAUAAUAAUAAUAAAAAUAAUAAUAAUAAUAGGGAAUUCAGAUGUGAAAUUCAGUGGCAUCCCCCUUUGACUUCAGCUUAAUUUUUGCACUCGUCUGUUUUCACUUUUAUUUUCUCAAACUUGAACGACUCUGAGCUCAGAAUUGUCCAUUCCAUUGGACUCCCUUGUGAAGGGUAAGUGGCCUUAGGUUGCAAAGGGCAGUUUUUAUUUUCUAAUUCCAUUUUGUUAUUAAUGUGCUCUGGUGACAAAAAAAAAUGCGAUAAUAUGUAAAGCAUAGAGUAAUGUGCAAUUAAUUUAUGCAUUAUUAAUGCUUUUUUCUUGAUAUGUUCUUUUCAUGGAUAAGUAACUAACAAGUCACAAUUCCUUUGUUUUAUUUUAUGUUUUGUAUGUGUGUUGUGUCAUGAUACUGUGGGACAGCUGUUUCCUGAUCAUUUGUUCCAGUAUUAAAUAAACACAUUACUUUGAGCCAGAG